AUGGCCUCCCUCCAAGACGAAGUUCAGCCCGCUCCGGUGCAACGUAGAGAAGUGGAUCCUGCGUGGUCGGAAGAGGAGCUUCCAGAGCGACAGCAUAUUGUGCCAAUGGAAAAGUCAGGCGUGUACGUAGACCCGAUGGCAAGACAUGCUCCCGCGAAAUUCGAGAAGAACAAGACAGUGCACAUGUCAGUGAUCGAGCACGGUGCGCGCACGAAAGGCACCUUCACGAUCAAAAAGGCUCGAAUCAGUCCAUACGGCUAUUGGGAAUAUCAGCUAUCGAUAAUCGACGGCCACGGUAAGCUGUACAAGGAUGGCGAAUGGGUCCGCGAGAAGGAGUUGAAGGCAGAAAGUACACAGAGGCGCUGA